AUGAAGGGGUUCAACGAGUUGAUCGGACUUUUAGAAGAAGUUUUGACACAAAACUACGACUUGUGUCCUGAAAGUUUUAAUGUUGUACUUGUCCGUUCAAUUCGGAAUAUCGAGAGGUAUUCAUUAGUAUAUUUCUUGAUGAUAUUGACAAUUCAAUGUGUGUUUCUCUUGAUCAACAAAGAUUUUUUACUCCCCACCGUGUUUGUGACAAUCGUCCCACUUGCAACUCUGUUUUUUCCUCACGAAAUGAAGAACGCCAAAUGUGCAGUCUUUUUGUUUUUCUCUCUUAUUUUACUUGCACUUAUCAUCUCUUCACUUUUGGGCUUCUUGUCGUCGUUUGUUGUCGAUCUUGGAUUUAUUGUUGGAUUACCAAUGAUACACAUGGCACUUUUUGUUGGGAAAGGGAAACAACUUUCUGUUGUGUUGACAUGA